GGUUUGUUUUCGUCGCUGGAUUGUUUACAAUCGCUUUUUUUGACAAAGCUGCCAAGCCGGGUGCUGUGAAUUUCGCGAAAAUUUAAAGGAGUUUUUGUCUGUUUAAUUUCAGUCUUAUUGCAAGACAAUGCUGGACCCGUUCUAUUUCAAGGGUGUAAAAGCCGGACGUUUUGUGUUUUUGAUACAAAACGGUUUCGCGCUCAAUAAGGCGGCCGAGUUGGCCAAACAGUCAAAGUUGAUCAACGAAGUCCAGGAGGAAAUCAUGCUGGCCGCGCUGCAGUCCAAAGGCGAUUCUUGGUUGUACGAAACGGUCAAGCAGGAAAACCUGAUCUACAGUUCCGAGUUCCGGAAGGCCUUCUGCCAGCAGGUCGACUGGGGAAAAUCGAUUGAGGAUGCGCUGGAGUUUUCCGAGCGCAGGGCGGACAAUGCGGUGGCCUUUGCAACCGGCGAUGGGGUCGUACGGCCAGCUCUGUCCAGAUUCACGGUCAACAUUCGCCUCGUGAUGUGCAAAGCGAACCGCGCUCCAUUCAACGAAGAGCAGUUCAAAAUGAUCACCUUCAAGUUGUGGCGCAAAGCUCGAAAGGGCGAAGACAGUGAGUUGCCACACUUUGUGGAGUGCACGCUCGUUCCCGAAUCUGGCCACAUUCGGCUCGUUUGUACCGACAUGAAAUCAGUCGACUGGCUUACGGCAAACUUCUCCCGAAUGGAGCUGUGGCCGGGAGCGUCCAUUUGUCUGAUGCGCGAAAAGAAAUUUCUCGAAUCGGAGAUAUUCUCCGUGAGUCUGCCGGACAGCGCCAAUGACGAACUCACCUGCAUCUUGAAAAACCUCCAAAAUCAAAACGUCGAAACGGAAACCUCAAAGUGGCACGUCCUAACUCGCCAGCUACAUCCGGACAACACAACGGUCGAACUGCUGCUCAUGAUACCGGCCGCGCAGGAACGAAAACCCAACGAGGACACCACCUUCGAGCUCAACUACAAAGUUGGCCGGGUAAAAUUCACCGCCCCCGUGCACGGACCGGAAGAAACCCAAGUCGCCUUUCACGCCAACUUCCCCGAGAGUCUUCGGAUGAGCACGGAGGCGAUUUUCAAACGCAUCGAGCGGGACUCUGGGGGCACACUCGACACGAGCGCGUGGAAGUUUAUGCACCGGCGGGAGGGCAUGCUGAACUUUUACGUCGAUGCCAAGUCGGCGGAAGUUCUCGAGCAGACGCACUACGAAAUCAGCUACAAGUUCCAGAAGGUGAAAUUUGUUCCGGCCACCUGGAAGGACCGGGGAUACAAGGGCCAACCGAACGCGACGUCUUGAUUUGUGGGAAAUUGAUUUAAGUCUGACUACGAAAAUUGUAUUUUUCUCUGAAAACUUCGUUAAAUAACAUUCUGAUGCAUGUGGAAAUAAAUAAUUACUGAAAACUGAAAAGAA